AGCGCAGCUCCAAGGCGUAAACAACAAUGGCGACGAUCAGCUGACGUUCAGUGGGCUUGGUCGACGAGUUGCUUCCUCAUUUUUCGUCAUUUCCAGCUUAAAAAUGACCAGGAAAGCGGUUCAAUGAUAUCCGAACAUGUCGUCUGAAAGCGAGACAGACGAGUUCUUCGAUGCCUUUGACACGACGCCUCAAAGACAGUCAGCGAGGGCAGAAGAAGGGUCAGCUGCUGAAGUACCCCCAAAGAGUCCAAAAGAACAACAAUGGAAGGGAUUAGAGCACACCUCUUCCAUUGGGAGUAUGACCAUUGGUCAGGAACUGCUCCAGUCUGUGGAAAAAAAGAUAAAUCAGUCAAGUUCCACCUCAACUUUGAUGCAGCCACCGUCCCAACCAUUUCUCCACCCACUCAAGGCUUUCCAGUCUUCAAAAGAUCUGAGGAGUGGAGAACAGGCCAAAAUAGAGAUUUCUCCAGGAGGUCUAGAAAAAGAAGAAAGAAUUAGUCUGAGUGGCCUUAGUGCAGGCAAGCGUGAUGUUGAGGAAUCAAGCAGUGCAUGUAGCGGGUCACUUCUAGGAAAUUUGGGUGAUGAUGAUGAUGAUGAAGCAGCCCCAAGAGUUCGUUCAGGUGGGAGAAGACGGACUCGGCACCGGGAGGUCCGGAAGCAGAUGCAGACGGAGGAUGACGACCCUCCUUUUCUCCCAUCCCCAGCUGGGAGCCAGUCCUCAUCCCUGGAAGGAAUUUAUCCCCAAGGGAGAACCUCCCACCCUUUCAGAGUUGUAGAACAUGACACUGCAAGUGUUUACAGCUCAGUAUCUUUAGGAAAGGUUGGGAAGAUUCCAUCAGGGCCAGAUGGGCACACUAUACGAGAAUGUCAUGUAGGGCCGGAAAUUGAGGCACUCUCAGAAGACAAGGUGUUAGAACAGCCUCUAGCAGACCCACCUAAGGAUGUGUUGUUGCCAGGAAAUAUGAUAAGUCCAGCAUGUGAAGGAAGAGUAAACCAGCAAACCAGACGACAGAGGGUGAGCCAACUCUACUUCCCCCAUUGUCUCCUUCCACACCAACAGUCGAGAGAACAUGGCCUACUAAUUCAUCACAAAGAACCAGAUUUGGUAGCAAGCACAAAAAGCAGUUCAGGAAGUGACAAGUCCAAUAGUCUUCCUCGGGCUGUGCAGGAAACCCCUCCAGCAGGUACUCUGGGUGAGCCAGCCCCCUCACCCCUUCACCUGCCUCAUGCUGAACCCCCAAGAGAAGAACAAGCUCCAGAAUUACCAUCUUCUCCGGCAGUUAUCCCUGCUCAGCCCUGUCAGAAUGGGGAGCAGAUCCAGGUGGUAGAUCCGUGUGCAGCUACCCAAGCUGUCUCGUUGGCACCAAUUGUUCCUCAAGAAGUGCCCCAGGUCAUGUGUCCACCUCCAGCUCCUCCGUCUGCUGUUGCUCCUCCGGUUCCUGCUCCUGCUGCCAGCACUGUACCUGUAGCCCCUCCAAGGAGACGACGUAGGAAUCGGUUGAACACAGAUGAUGAUACAGCAAGUCUGGCAAGUGUUUCAUCAUUACCUUCACCAGCCCUCACUCUCACAACAGUUGAUGCCAUUAGCAUUGGUCAGUCUUUAGAUCUUCGUCAAGCCGUCCGAGGAGAUUAUUUGGUGAAGCCUCAGGAUUCUGAAAAUGCCAAAGCAGUGGGACCAAGUGCAGAGGAGAUAGCCAGAAUAGAAGCAGAGGACACAACCAGCCAAGCAUCCACUCCUGAGGUGUCCAGAGCCCCAAGUCGCCUUGCUAACACAGGGCAACAACCAACCUCAUCAGAAGGAACACCAGAUACCCCUGGUACCCCAGGCUCCCUGCCUUCUGAUACUCCUACGUCAGAUGCUGCAGCUAGUCCAGCUUCUAGCAGUGAUGGACAGAAGAAGCAGUUGAAUUUAAUGGUGCGAACACGCUCGGAUUCUGGGAAGGAGCUCUCGGAUGCGGAAUGGUUUUUGCAGUCUCCUGUUGACUUUGAUGCCUUCAUGAGUGACAAAGAAAUUCUGAAGCAAGUGACUGUGCUGAAUUUAGAUACUGGGGAACGAAUACCUCUUAGUGAUGCUGAAAGUUGUCUCCCACCUGCCCUCAACCCGCUCUCUCUACACAUUAUGAGACUUACCAGCGAAUACGUCAGUAACUCAAAUGUGGAUGGACAAGAAUCGGAUGAAGAGAGUGUGACAGAUGUCAUCGCAAAGAAGCUGCCAGAAAUCGAUAGUUCAGCAGUGAAGAAGAAAACAUUUCCACUUCUUCCCCAGGUAUCUCCAACACCGUCCCAAGAAUCAUUGGUGUCUCAGCACUCUGGCCAGUCAGGGGAAGACCUCGGCUCUCUUGACCCCAACGACGAUGGCAGUGCUCCCUUCAUGCCAAAACCGUUCUGUGUUUACACUGGCCACACUGCAGACAUGCUCGACAUAUCAUGGUCCAAGAAUUACUUUUUAUUGACUUCAUCAAUGGACAAAACUGUUCGUCUGUGGCACAUAAGUCGGAAGGAGUGUUUAUGUAUCUUCCAGCAUAUGGAUUUUGUCACAGCAAUAACUUUUCAUCCUAAGGAUGACCGCUACUUCAUAUCUGGUGCCCUAGACGGAAAGCUACGACUUUGGAGCAUCCCCGACAAGAGAGUAGUGUUGUGGAAUGAGGUGGGAGGCCAACCAAACCUGAUUACAGCGGCAAACUUCUGCCAAAAUGGUAAAUUUACUGUCGUAGGAACGUAUGAUGGAAGAUGUAUAUUCUAUGAGACAGAGCAACUGAAGUACUUCACACAGAUCAAUGUCAGAUCAACAAGAGGGAAGAAUGCCAAAGGAAGAAAAAUCACUGGCAUUGAACCUUUACCAGGCGAAGAUAAGGUGCUGAUAACAAGCAACGACAGUAGAAUACGAUUAUAUGACUUGCGUGAUUUGAACCUGUCAUGCAAAUACAAAGGCUACUCCAAUAUGUCUAGUCAGAUCCGUGCAGGAUUCAGUCAUGAUGGCAAGUUUAUUGUAGCUGGAAGUGAAAAUCAAUGUAUCUACAUCUGGAAGACUCAUCAUGACUACUCCAAAUUCUCAUCUGCAAGAAGAGACCGAAACCUUUACUGGGAAGGAGUGAAAGCUCACAGUGCUGUUGUUACUUGUGCCGUGUUUGCACCUCACCCAGAACUGGUAUUCAGCUUCAUUGAACAACAGCAGGAGAUUCUCAGCAAAUCAGGAGAGCAAGAGCAGCAGCAUCCACAGCAACAGCAGCCACACCAAACGAGUCAGAAUAAGGAUAGUGGGACAACUAACAAGGGAUAUGUACUGGUAUCUGCAGACUUCAAUGGCUGUAUCAAAGUAUUUUUGAAGAAAGAAAAACCCAAGCACUCAUCAUUACCAGCAUCAGCUUUAGUGUAGAAUAAGUAGGGAGAUCUUUAGAAGUUUUGCAUUGGACGAGGUUAUAUUGUAAAAGCACUAGAAGGUGUGGAUGGUAAAAACACCCUACUGUGUUUAUAAAAUGGCAGAAAAACCUACUAUACACAAGUUUAUCAGGAGAAUAUUUAAAAACUGUUUUCUCAUAUUAUGCUAAUAAAUGUACCUUGAGUAUAAUUUUUUUUCUGCCACUAGGAAGCAUAAUAAUGGGCAUGAAUCCAUUACACCAUGUCCCAUUGCUGUGGUGCAUUACAUGUUCCAUUUUAGAGCAGAGGAAUUUGAUCACAGUUGUGUGGUUGAAAAUGCUUUGGAUGGAUGGAAAUUUUUGGAAUAAUUUUUUCUUUCUUUUCCUCAAACGUUUUGAUCACAGGGCAGUGAUGAUAAUUAUGCACAUUUAUUAUGUUUCACAAGUAUUGUAGUCUGAAAUUAUUUUGUAAUGUAAUGAGACUAUAUCCAAGAUUAUAUCAAUAUUCUAUAUCUAUAUCCUUCAAGGAAGAAUGAAGGGAUGAGUGCGUCAUGGUGAGUGUGUGGCAAGAUUAAUACAAAACCUUGUACUUCAUUAUUAUUAUAAUUAAUGGUUGUUAUUAAUAUGAUUCUUUCCUUUUAUUAUUAUUUUGUAUUUCCAUUUCUAGUGCUAUUAUUAUUAUUAUUAUUAUCAUCAUAAUCAUAGCUAUCAAUUCUCUUAUAAAUGUGUCAUAUUUAUGAUUAUUGUUAUUUUCUUAUGCAAAUGAUUAGGGAGACUUGAUAAUGACUAAUAAAUAUUUAUAUCUGCUUUUUGGGGAGGGGGCGCAUUGAAAUUAUUGCAUAUUGUUGAGGGGAAAGGAUAUAAUUGUUCAUCCAUUGGCACAGGGUACAUGCACUGUCCAUUGUAAUUUUAUGUCAAGGUUGUUUACACAUGGUUGGCUUCGCAAGUGCUAGUCACCAAGUAGUUGGUUAAUGAGUCUACAUGGCCUUACCUGUUUAACCCCCUCCUCAAUUUUUUGGGAAAAAACGUUUUUAUUUCUAAUACUAUUAUUGUUAUUAACAUUAUUACUAUUAUUACAUUAUUAAUAGUACCAAUAGUACUAAAAACAAACUUUUCUUUAUGACAAUUCAUGGAAUAAGGUAAACAUGUGAGAUCAGAUAGGCUUAGUAAUUAACUGAUUCCUUGAUGACCAAACACUGUGGAGCCAUCAGAGUGUAAGCAAAAUUAAUGGACUGAAGUCAUGGUGAACAAGACAUGUACCCUCCAGGUAGCAACUAUUUAAUUAAAAAUAUUAGAGACCUUAAUGGUAUCCAUAUCAGGAAAGCACAACAGAAUAUUUUUAAUUAGUUUUUUUGUCUUCUGUUUAGGCAUUUGUGUGGUACACAAGCCCAUGUUGUAUGUAUGUAUGAAUGCAUCUGCUCUGUGCAUAAAAAAUGUAUAUGUGUGUAAAUAUGUAUGUAUGUACUUCAAGUAAUGUGUGUGGGUUUAAAUGCAGUGUGCUUGCAUUUGGAUGCAUGCUUAUAUAAGUGUGCUUUGUAUGUUAGUGUAAGAGAUUAUAAAAUGAACAGGUUAUUGUCGAGUAAAAGGUAAUGUAAAAUUAAUAAAAAUAUCAUUGUGUAUAUUAAAAGAUUCCUUCUACAUUACGAGCAAAGAAAAAGAAGUUGCAUGAAGCUCCUCGGAUAUGUACGAGAUGAAAUUUUAUUUAUUUGUUUAUUAUAGUGACAAUAAACCCUCAUUCAAGAAUGGAAUGUAAUAUUAAAAUCCUUAUACUAGUCCAAAGUAUUGCUCUGCUUUUACAUAGUUAUUGAGAAAUGAAAUGUAAUAUGUAAGGGAGAUGUGCUAGGUCCUGCCCCAUGUAAUGUAAAUCUAUUUUUUGUUUACUUUGCUAACCUUGAUGGUAAUAAAUUUUCAUACCAUAGGGCUGUCUACUGCCAGUACACGUAAAAGUUAUCAUACAUUUCUAGAGUUUAAAGUUUUUAUACCAGGAAAAGAAAUAUUUUUUAAGAGAUUAGUUUUAUGGAAUUUUUUUUCUUCUUUUUUUUUUUCUUUUUUUUUUUCUUUUUAGCUUUGGUGUUGAUGAUAGCUGAAAAAUGAUCCGAUACUAGAGCUGAAAAAUCAUGUUUGAUGUAUCAAAGUUUUUAGUGCUAAGUAUGGUAAUAGUCCCUGGCCUAUGCUAAUAGGGUAAGGAAAAUAUGCUCAGUAGUGUAUGGAUGAAAUUUUUUUCUGUAAAACAGUGAGAAAAUGUAAGUAUAUCAGUAUACAAAUCUGAUAAUCUUGUAAAAAAUAUUUCAAGAUUUAUUAAUCGUCAUUUGAACUGUACAUGCUAUGUCAAAUGUUUUGUUGCAUAAGGGUAAUAAGUUGUAUCUAUUUUCAUUUUUAUCAUCUCUUGGUAUCAAGUAAUUAUAUGAUUUGCUACUGUCAUUCUCAUGUACUAAUUCAUAAUUCAGUAGUUAGAUAGGUAGGUAGGCAGUAUAAAGUGAAUCAUACAGUGUUAAUUAUGUAGAUAGUAACAGGUAGAAUGAUAGGUUAUUCAUCAGCUGUAGAUGAGUAGAUAGUUAUCAGGUACAGAGGAACAUACAGGUAGAUUGGUAAAUUAAAUAAUUUUUGAGGCCGCUUUAGCUGUUAUGUUUGUUAAUGUUUGAUUUCGUUUCCUUUUUUCACAAUAUAUGAGCAUGAUUGUAGUAAUGAAAAUAGCUUUGUGGAGAGAGAUAAUGAGACCUCUCUGAUGUAUUUGCCUCUUAAAUAGUCAUUUUAAAUCAUAUGUUAAAUCUCAAGAAAGGUGUACUUUUACUUUAUUCUUGUUAUGAAAGUGUAGUAAGAAAUCUGUGCAUACUGCUGUCUCAAUAUUAUAAAUGGUAUUUUCUUAAUAUAUGCAAAAUACUUUUAUCAGGAUUUGAUUGGAGAGCAGAAGAAAAUCCGGAAAGUAUAAUGUGUGGAGUUUUCCUAUUCUUUAGCUAUACAUGCUACAUUAAGUCAGAAAGGUAUACUUUCAUUGGAGCAUUGUCAUAUUUAUACUGUACUGCUGUUCUUUCUUAAAAAAAAAAAAAAAAAAAUUCAAGUCAUUAGUUUUCUAAGUACUAGGUAAGGAAAUACCACAUUACUAUUUUGUCUUCUUAUUUUGUAAGGCAAUUUGUUAGGACCAUAAUCAUUCUUAACUGCAUGUUAAAAGAUUGUUGAAUGAAUUUCAAAGAAUAUAGAAGCUGAACAUUACUUUUUCGUACUUUGAAAGUAAGCUAUAGACUGUGAGUAUGAAACAAGUUCAUAAUUUGACCUGUGCUCUCAUGCAGUGCACUCAAGAGCACCAAGCAUGUAUGUAAGACUUCACAGACAAGGCAUAUCAUUUACUGCUUCUUGUUGAGGAACCAAGUAUUGUUUAGUACAAGCGAUAUGAAAACCUGUUGAGAAAUAAAUAUUUCUAUGCUUCAUGCAUAGGAAAGAAUAAGAUA